CACUUGACCGUUUUUUCAAGCGGAUACGGCCAGUCGGCCACAUAGUCGCGCCCUCAGACAAGGGGGCGUAUUCUAAAAAUACAACAGUAUUCUAAACUAUACAUGCGGCUUAGUCACGUAUCGUCGCUCCCGAAUAGUCGACGAUUCGAAUCUCGAAUUCGAAUUUUCAAAUUUCGAAUUUCGCGAAAUGGAAAGUGCUUGAAAUUGGUGCAAAGUUCUUUGUGAUCAGCCAUCGCACAUGUCUGGAAUGAGAUAUGUCCCAACCUCCGUUAUAGACAUGUCAAGACCAUGUCAAUGACAUGUCGACCUUACCGAGCUUGUGGACCGGAAGGACCGGAAGUUGGCGACCGGAAGUGUUGUUGCUGGUGCUGCUGAGCUGCAGCUAUGGGUAUCAGGAGCAGAGGUUCGCAAGGGAGCCCCCGGAUCAGGAAGCGAUAGUGGGCUCAGAAGUGAUACUUCCCUGCCGAGUGGAAAAUAAAAUCGGCGCCCUGCAAUGGACGCAGAACGACUUCGGUCUCGGUACCAACAGGAAUCUCAGCGGAUACGACCGGUACCUCAUGAUCGGGAGCGACGAAGAAGGAGAUUUCUCCUUGAAGAUACAGAACGUGACUCUAGAAGACGAUGGGGACUACCAGUGCCAAGUGAGCUCGGGUUUGAAUGGUGAACCCGCCAUACGUUCCCGCUACGCCAAACUAACAGUGUUGGUAGCACCGAAUCCACCUAGGAUCGUGCAAGGCGCCUUUAUAGAUGCUACUGAGGAGCAACCAGUAGAUAUUGAAUGCGUGUCGGUUGGUGGAAAACCUGCGGCUGAGAUCACGUGGGUCGAUGGCAACCAACAAGUAAUCAAGAAGAACGUAAAAACAUCGGAGGAACUGUUACCAGACGGCCAAAAGUUUAAAACCAGGUCCAUAUUGCGGUUGACCCCCAGCAAGGACCACCACAAGCAGACAAUCACCUGCCAGGCGCAGAACACCGCCGACCGAGCCGCUAGGAUGGCCACUGUUUAUAUCGAGGUCAGAUACGCCCCAAAAGUGAAGCUCUCAAUCAGCUCGGGCGCCGUGGAUGGGCGUUUCCCUGAAAGCUCGGAGGCACGACUGAGAUGUGAAGUAGACGCUAAUCCAAGAGCCCAGGUGUACCGGUGGUAUAUCAACAACAGCCCAGUCGUUGGAGAUUAUACUGAGGAAAUGAUAAUCUUCAAUGUAACGAAAAAAUACCAUAACGCAGUGGUAAAGUGUGAAGUCAGCAACUCUGUGGGGAAAAGUGAAGAUACUGUUACGUUAGAUGUUACAUAUCCACCAGUCUUCCGUUCAAGGCCCCGCGACGUCGAAGCCGACGAAGGUUCGACCGUCAGCCUCCACUGCGAUGUGGACGGCCAGCCCAAACCCGAGAUAAAGUGGGUGCUUCACGAGCCUGGUCGGAUCGCGCAGCCUAAGGGGUCCGAACCGACCCUAAAGAUAAAGAGAGUAGACGAGCAAUCUGCAGGCAGAUAUGUCUGCAUUGCUAAAGUGGAAGGAUACAACGAAAUCAGGAGCGAAGCUACGGUUUUCAUUAAAGGACCGCCAAAGAUUCUUUCCAACAGGACACAAUUUGGUGCAGAAGGGGAGAUGGUGACGAUAGAGUGUGUCUUCCUUAGUGUUCCUAAAUCUUUCGACAUCAUAUGGUACUUUGAAGGUCGAGAAAUCAAGCCUAUAGAGAAUCCGGACUACGCGCCCUUCGAACAAGACCUGGGUGAUGGAAUAGUGAAAGCAAGUUUAGUGAUCAGAGCGAGUCAAUCGAAACAUUACGGGCUUUACAACUGCAGUGUCACUAAUGAUAUUGGGAAUGCUAAUGCUGGAAUCACACUUAAACCUAUAAAAACCUUACCUCUCUUCAUAAUCCUCAUUGGAGUCACAUCAGGCAUCAUCGUCUUCUCCGCCUUCAUUAUUCUCCUGGUCAUCUGCAACAGGAGAAGGAGACAGAAUAGUCAGCAGAUGAGCGAGAAGCCAGAUGUUACUGUUACCACUUGCGAUAUGUAUAACAAGGAGAGCGAUAGGAGCUCGAAUAUUAGCGAUUUGAAGUUACAGUUGCCUCAUGGGGACGGUAGUUAUGAGUUGGACUACACCAGCUCAGACCGAUCCGACUCUAAACUACAGUCAGGCCUGCCAUUGGCCGGGCCUGUGACUCUACCGAGCAUACGACUGGACGAUCCUCUGAUGCAGUUCAGAUACAGCAACGACUAUUCCGAUCCUGCUUACAACGAAAAUUAUUAUAAGAACCCGGGUGGGUAUGUGUAUGACUAUCCGCAGGGAUACGCACCGCCGAACAACCUGCGGGUACAGUCGCCGGAACCGGCUAACAGGUCACUUCAAGGCUCAUUGACGCGCAGCAUCGACACAGCUUCAACUCUACCGUUGUCAGCCGGCAAUGGAUCGCAGAAUAAUUCUCUGCAACGAACGAAAACUCAAGACGAGACUGACGCAAUCAAUAAUUUGGGCCUGCCAGUUGGUGGCGACACGCCACCGAUCUACGCGAAAGGCGUGGAUUUGCGGUACGCGGCCACAUACGGGAACCCGUAUCUAAGGAACAGUUCACAUGGUUACCCAAACCAAGUGCACACAGCAAAACCGGCGUCCACACCGGCGCCACCGCCAUACUCUGCCCUUCGGAGUUCAGUGGUCAUGCCAUCAGGUCAGUGAGGUAAUGGCAACCAACCGGCGCAGGGUACACAUGUAUAGCAAAUGCAUGAAACACGCGUAGUGUAAAAACAAUGCUGUGAACUAUUCAGUGACUUCAAAGCGUGGCUUUUGGUACCCUCCCCCCGCUCGGAACUACGGCGUCAGUGGGGACUUAGAAGGGUGCGGGUGGUGAGAGUGUGCAGUGCAUAUUUAUUGUAAAUGUGUUCCUAAAAUAGAUUUAAAAUGUAUGACUGAAUGUAAAUAAUUAUAGAUAUAUAAAACAAGUAAAAUGUACAGUGAAAGUUGGAUUUAAUUCAUUUAUUCUGAUGCGUCUCAUAAAAAUUUACAAUGAAAUUUUAUUGUUGUGGGUAUUUCGUUGUUCAAUGUAUAAGAUCAAUGAAUACUGUUUGUGCUUGGAUUUCCUCGUUCUGCUUUAGCCAGAGUCGAUUGUAUUUAGAUUUUCUUUGUGCCGUAUUGUAGGUAAAAUAUUUCUUAAUGUUAUAAACGUUUUGCAUUUGUUAUUUAAAACCUUGUAAAUAUUAUAGUUAAAAUAGAUUACCCAGAUAUGUACAGAUUUUAAGUAGAUUUCAAAAACUUCGUACCACCAAUAAUUGUAAUUAUAAAAAUGGCCCCAAAUCAUUAAAAAUAUUUAUAAUGAAUAUUGUAUUAUAAAUAACGCUGUUGCUCAAAUAACUAAAUCGAUGUACGAUUCCAAUUUAAUUCCAUUAUUUAUAUUUAUAAAAUAUAUUAUUGUAUAAUAAUAUUCUAGAAAUAAAACAGACUGAGAAUGUUUUGUCAAAAUUUUUGAUAUAAAAACUUCUUGAAUUUUCAAUAAGAAAUUUCUAAUUAAAUAUUUUAUCAGCUGGCCGAUAGAUAUUAUAAUUUAAGUAGAUAAAUCAAUUUAUAGGAAAUAAAUGAUGAAACUAUUUAAGGAAGUUCAUCUUUUCUGUGAUAAAGAAAUAGUGUCGGAUAAGUUUCAAUUCGAGUUUUUAAUUUGAUAAUUUUUUAAUCUUCCGAAACAUACAUUAUAAAAAAACGUAUUUACUGAUGUGCUGCCGAAGUUUUAAAAAUUUCGAAAUUUACACAAGGAAAAAUUUUGGAAACCUCAUAUUUUUCUAUGGACAUCGAAAUUUGCCAUUUACAAACUAACUUAUCUUUGUUUCUUAUGAUUUUUUUCUGAAAUUUCCAAGAACUUUUCCAACUGUAAUUGUAUUUUAAUUCCAGACAAUUGCUUUUAUUAUAAUAAAAAACAAAAAUGUAUAAAAAUAAUGCAUGCCAGUGUUUUGUUAUUGCAUGCGAAAUUGAUUUGCCAUUAUUUCCGUAUAUUGAAUAAACCUCUAACUGAAAAA